AUGGAUUCGAAGUCUUCAAAAUCUGUCACUGCAAACAAUGAUCCCUUAGAAAGAGCAAACAUCAAUCUCAACUUAGGUGAAACCCAUUUUAGAUUAGCAGAGUAUAAAAAGGCUAUUACCUAUUACAUUAAAUAUCAGGAAAUUUGUACUGAAAUUGGCAAUUUUCAAGGGUUAGCAACUGCCUGUGAGAAACUGGGUUCUGCCUGUUUAAACCUAGGACAGCCUGAAGAGGCUAUCGAGUAUUUUGCAACAAGCUUAGAAAUUUUCAUUCAAUUUGACAAUCACUCAGGAGUGGCAAAUAACAAUGGCAAUUUAGGCACUGCCUAUCAUAGUUUAGGAGAGCAUGACAAAGCUAUUGACUAUUUCAAAAAAGGUUUGGAAAUCAGUGCUGCUAUUGGCGACAAGUCAGGAAUGGCAAAUAUUAAUGGCAAAUUGGGUAGUGUUUACCUUAGUUUAGGAGAAUAUAAAAAAGCUAUUGACUAUUUAAAAAAUGGUUUAGAAAUGAAUAUUGCCAUUGGCGAUAAGUCAGGAAUGGCCGAUAACAAUGGCAAUUUAGGCAGUGUUUAUUUUAGAUUAGGAGAAUACGUUAAAUCCGUUAGCUAUUUAAGACAAGGUUUAGAAUUGAGUACUGCUAUUGGUGAUAAGCCAGGUAUAGCAAGUAAAAAUUGCAAUUUGGGAAAUGCCUACCUUCGUUUGAGAGAAUAUGAGAAGGCUAUUGGCUAUUUUAACAAAGGUUUAGAAAUUAGUACUGCUAUUAACGAUAAAUCAUGUAUAGCAACUGUAAAUGGCGAUGUGGGCAAUGUUUACCUUAUGUUCGGAGAAUAUGAGAAAGCAAUUGACUAUUUUAAAAAGAGUUUAGAAAUGCGAACUGUUAUCGGCCAUAAAUCAGGAAUAGAAACUAACUAUGGCGAUUUAGGCUAUGCUUACCUUAGAUUAGGAGAUUAUGAGAAAGCUAUUGACUAUUUUAAAAAUAGUUUAGAAAUCCAAACUGCUAUCGGCCAUAAAUCAGGAAUAGAAACUAACUAUGGCCAUUUGGGCAAUGCUUACUUUAGAUUGGGAGAAUAUGAGAAAGCCAUUAGCUAUUACAGAAAAAGUUUGGGAAUGAGUACUGCUAAUGGCAACAAGUUAGGAAUGGCAAUUAACAAUCGCCAUUUGGGUAAUGCCUACCUCUAUUUAGGAAAAUAUGAGGAAGCCAUUGAAUGUUAUAUAAAAGGUUUAGAAAUUAGUACUGCUAUAGGCUACAAGUCAGGAAUAGCGACCAACAAUAGCAAUUUGGGCAAUGCCUACCUUACUUUAGGCGAAUAUGAGAAGUCCAUUGACUAUUUCAAAAUAGGUUUGGAGAUGAGUGCAGCUAUUGGUGAUAAGUCAGGAAUGGCUGAUAACAAUGGCUAUUUGGGCUAUGUUUAUAAUGAAUUAAGAGAAUACGUAAAAUCCGUUGGCUAUUCAAAAAAAGGUUUAGAAUUGAGUACUGCUAUUGGUGAUAAGCUAGGUAUAGCAAGUAAAAAUUGCAAUUUGGGUAAUGCCUACUUUGGUUUGGGAGAAUAUGAGAAGGCUAUAGCCUACUUUGACAAAGGUUUAGAAAUUAGUACCGCUAUUGGCGAUAAAUCAUGUAUAGCAACUAUAAAUGGCAAUGUGGGCAAUGUUUAUCUUCUGUUAGGAAAAUAUGAAAAAGCCAUUGACUUUUUUAAGAAGAGUUUAGAGAUGGAAACUGCUAUCGGCCAUAAAUCAGGAAUAGAAACUAAUUAUGGCAAUUUAGGCAAUGCUUACCUUAAAUUAGGAAAAUAUGAGAAAGCCAUUAGCUAUUAUAGAAAAGGUUUAGAAAUGAGUACUGCCAAUGGCGAUAAGUCAGGAAUUGCUGCUAACAAUGGCAAUUUGGGUAAUGCCUACAUCUAUUUAGGAAAAUAUGAGGAAGCCAUUGAAUAUUGUAUAAAAGGUUUAGAAAUGAGUACUGCUAUAGGCGACAAGUCAGGAAUAGCGACUAACAAUGGGAAUUUGGGCAGUGCCUACCGUAAUUUAGGCGAGUAUGAGAAGUCCAUUGACUAUAUCAAAACAGGUUUGGAAAUGAGUACAGCUAUUGGUUAUAAAUCAGGAAUAGCAACUAACAAUACCUAUUUAGGCAUGACCUACCAUAGUUUAGGAGAAUAUGAAAAAGCCAUUGACUAUUUCAAAAAAGGUUUAGAAAUAAGUACUGUUAUUGGCGAUAAGUCAGUAGCAGCAAAUAACAAUGCCAAUUUAGGCAUAACCUACCAUAGUUUGGGAGAAUAUGCCAAGGCUAUUGACUAUGGCAAAAAAGGUUUAGAAACGAGUACUGCUAUUGGUGAUAAUUUAGAAAUAGCAAGAAACAGUGGAGUGUUAGGUAAAGCCUAUCUCAAUUUAGGAGAGUAUGAGAAAGCUAUUGACUAUUGCAAAAAGGGUUUAGAAAUGAGUACUGCUGUUGAUAAUAAGUCAGGAAUAGCAAAUAACAAUGAAAAUUUGGGUGAUGCCUACCUUAUAUUAGGAGAAUACGAGAAAGCUAUUGACUAUUUCAAAAAAAGUGUAGAGAUGAGUGCUGAUAUUGGCCAGACUUUAGAAAUGAGAACUGUUAUUGGUGAUAAGCUAGGAAUAGCAAAAACUUGUAAAGACUUGGCAAAUGCCUACCUUGGAUUACGAGACGAUGUGAAAACCAUUGAUUAUUGCGAAAAAUGCUUGGAAUUAAGUCGCUAUAUUUGUGAUAAGGAAGGAAUAGCAUCUUGGAAUGGCAAUUUGGGUGAUAUUUGCGUUAGUUUUGGAGAGUAUGAGAAAGCUAUUUAUUAUUACAAAAAAGGUUUAGAAAUGAGUACUGCUAUAGGGGAUAAGUCAGGCAUAGCAACAAGCAAUGUCAAAUUGGGCAUCGCCUACCGUUAUUUGAGAGAAUUCGCCAAAGCUAUUGAUUACCUCGAAAAAGGUUUGGAAAUAAGUACUAUUAUUGGCGAUAAAUCAGGGAUAGCAGAUGCGAAUGGCGGUUUGGGCAUUGCUCAUAUAUUCUUGGGAGAGUAUGAAAAAUCUAUUGAUUGUCAAAAAAAGUGUUUAGAAAUUAGUACCGCUAUUGGCGAUAAGUAUCAAAUAGCAGAGGUCAAUUGUUAUAUGAGCGUUGUUUUUAGAUGUUUAGGACAAUAUGAAAAAUCUAUUCAUUAUUCCAAAAAAAGUUUAGAAAUGAGUACUGCCAUUGGCAAUAAGUCCGCAAUAGCAAAGAGCUAUUGUCAUUUGGGCAGUGCUUACCACAGCUUUGAAGAAUACGAGAAAGCUAUUGACUGUUACAGAAAGGGAUUAGAAAUUAGUACUGGUAUGGGCGAUAAAUCUGCAAUAGCCACUCAGAAAUUAAAUUUGGGCAGUGCCUACCUUGGAUUAGGAGAAUAUGAGAAAGCCAUUGACUAUUACAAGAAAGCUUUAGAAAUAAGCAUUGAUAUUAAUGAUGAUCCGUCACUUAGUCUUAGCAUUAGUAAAAGCAAUUUGGGAUUUGUACUUGUAUUAUUAGGACAAUAUAAAGGUGCAAUAUCAUGUUUCAUGGAAUCUAUCAGCAUCCUUGACAAAAUGUUUUUAAACUCAGUACCAGACCAAAAUAAGCUGUCAUUCACUAAACAAUACUUUACCACCCAUGUAAAGAUCAUGAUUUGUUUUAUUUCUGUGGGUCGCAUUGAAUCUGCAUUAUUAGUCAUUGACCUUGGAAGGGCUAAAGAACUUCAUUGGUCCAUUGAAAGAAAAAAGAAAUCUUUGAAUACAAAAAUGUUCGAUUAUGCAAGUUCGGGAUGGAAUAGAAUCAAGAAUGGUGAAGAACAGGUAGAAAUCGAAGAUUUACAAAGCAUCCUCCAGGUAAGCGGCAACGAUAGUUCCAUUAUAGUAUUCGCUUUUGAUUGGCCAGGUUUUCUAAAUGUUUGGGUGUUGAAUAAAGAAGUAAUCUUUAGAUAUAGAGUGUCAAAAUCAGAGGCACGAUUGGAAAAAUUUGUGCAACUGAUAAGUGAAUUGUUCAGAAUGGUGAAUGUGAAUGUUAAUCGGGAUUCCUCGUUUUUCGAACUUAAUUCAGUGCCCAGUAUUGAUGAAAAAUCGAUUCUUCCUUUGGACGUUUUUAAAGAAAAAUCUCCGUCCAAAAAUCUUUAUCAGAAACCUUCUGUUGGGCAUGAUGAUUUAAACCAAGACGCAAUUUUUUUUGUCCCAUUUUCGUCAUUGAUUGAUGAAAAUGGUUGUCACUUAUCCCACAAUUACAGCAUUCAAGUUACGCCAUCAUUACACACUCUAAGGUUUAGCAUUGAACGCUCUCAAGAUCUGGGCCUUGGUUUUGCGUUGUUUGUUGGUAAUCCAACCGUUGGAACGGUUUCCUUAAAUGGAAAAGAAUUUUCACCCCCUGCCCUACCAAAUGCUGCUAGAGAAGUUGAAUGUCUUUCAAAGCUCUUCAAUGCUAGACCCUUAGUGGGGCGUGAAGCUAGAAAACAGGUUGUACUGGAUCUUUUAUCUGGGGCUAGCAUAAUCCAUAUCGCUGCUCACGGUGAACAACUUCGAGGUGAAAUAAUGCUUUCCCCUAACGUUUCUUCGACUCGGCCAUUUUCGACUCUUCCUUAUCCAGACGACUACCUUCUCUCACAGAAGGAUAUUGUAAAUACUUCUUUGCUAGCUAGCUUGGUAGUUUUAUGCUGUUGCCAUACCGGGCAAGGUGAGAUUUCUUCCGAAGGUGUCAUAGGUAUUGCUCGGGCAUUUAUUGCAGCCGGGGCUCGCACUGUUCUCGCCACACUAUGGCCCAUUAGUGAUGAUGCCACGAAAGAGUUUAUGGAAGUAUUUUAUGGUGAGUUGUGCCAGGGAACAUCGGUUUGUGAAGCACUAAGAAAGACAAAGAAUCUCUUCCAAAAACACCAAAUCCAGGCAUACCGGUCUUACAAAAUCUGGGCCCCAUUUACCAUCUACGGGGAGGACGUGGUUUUUCAGAAACAUGACAUCGAAAAUAUCAGAGAUAAAUCACGUGACAUGUUCUCUGGUUUUGUUGUAUUACCCUAAGGUUUGUAAGUAUAAUAAUUAUAUAGCUUUGUGU